AUGAAUUAUUUAGUUUUAGUAAAGGAAGUAAAAGUAAUUCCAAUAUUAAAUGAAAAGACUACAAUAUUUGAAAUUUCCUAAUGUGAAUUUCGUCCUUUUUACAUUCAUAAUACUCCUAAUAUAUUAAAAUUCUAAUCUUUAAUAGAAAACACUUUAUCUUCUGGUGGAUUUUUUUUCUCAUAUAAAUAUCCUCUUUCUCUUUCAUUAUAAAAAUAAAACGAAAAUAUACAAUAUGACCCUGAUUUUUUAUGGAACCUAAAUUUCCUUAAGCCCCUAAUGCAAUAAAAAAUUGCCUAAGAAUGGUGGAUAUAAUUAAUAUAAGGAUUCGUUUAUAACUCAAAAGACUUUCCUAUGUACUAUACUCUCAUAUCUAGACGAUAAAUAAGACGAGCGGGUACUUUAAAUGCUCAUAGAGGGGCUAAUUCAGAUGGAUUUGUAGCUAAUUUCGUAGAAACGGAGCUUAUUAUUUCCUUUGGAAGUCUAACUGCUUCACAUUUAUAAAUAAGGGGUAGUGUACCUGUAUUAUGGUCGAGAAAAGGAGUAUCUUCAACAAUAAAUAAAAGUCAAUAAAUGUCAACUAAAAGCUUUUUGUUACAUUUUGAAUACUUAAAAAAAAAUUACGGAUAAAUAACAUGCGUUAAUUUAAUGACAAAUUAAUAAUAAAAUGAAAAUCAAAAAGAUCUUUUUUAUAAAUAAUUCGAGUUCUCCUGGCUGGAAAACAACGAAGAAAUAUCUAACCAUUAUGCAGGCUAUUUUGAAUCUGCGAAGCGUUUUUUGAACACCUCAUAAAAAGACGCAUAUAGACAGUAAAUAUAUUGCAUAAUACUAGGUGAAGAUUACGAUAGUUAAGACAAUUUGCAAUACUAAGUCGAAUUAUUACAAUUAAUAAAAAAACGAGAAAUAGAAUACACUAAAAGCCACGACAUAAAAUUAUUUUUAUGCACUUGGAAUGUAAAUUCAUUUGAACCAUCAGAUUUUAAGCAUAAUCUAUUAAAGAUUUUCAACAAAAACAAAUAAGAAGCUGAAAUUAUAAUUAUUUGUCUUUAAGAACUCGUAGAAUUAAACUCUAAAAAUAUUAUGACUUCUACAAACGAAAAAUAAUUAGCUAUUGAAAAAUGGAUAAGUUCUAUUCAAUAUAAUUUAGGUGAUACUUUGUAUUUCUUAGUAGGUUAAUAUAAUAUGGUAGGAAUAGAGACUAUAAUAUUCGCCCAUAUUAAAAUAAAAGAUUAUAUUUCUAAUGUAGAAUAUGAUAAUGUAAAAAGCGGAUUUGCAAAUAAACUAGGUAAUAAAGGCAGUGUAGUGGUCCGUUUUAAUGUUUUUGAUACUUCAGUCUCUUUUAAUGCCAAUAAUAUAUCAGAAUUAAUGAAAUAUUAAGUAAUUUAGAAAUAUAAGGAGCCUCCAAUAAAUUUCUUACCGUCUUAUAAAUUCGAUAAGGUUUCAAAUGAAUACGAUAGAUCGAAAAAAUAAAGAGUCCCUAGUUGGUGUGAUAGAAUUCUAUAUUAAGAUAAUGAAAAUGAGAAUAAUAAUAUAGCUUAAGAUUUUAAGUUCUAUGAAAGUAUAAUGAGUCUUAAAAAUUCAGAUCAUAAACCAGUUGUUGGUCUUUUAUAAAUUUAAGUAAAAGAAAUUAAUGAAGAUAAAAAAGAAUAGAUUUUACACGAAAUUUUAGAACAAUAAGAAAAUUAAACUGAGUAUGUUUUUGAAAAUUUCUACCAUUAAAAUGAAGAAUAAAAUGGAAAAAAUAGUAUAUAAUUGUAAUUUAUUUGA